AUGCCAUUGGAACGUUUUCUCGAUACAUCUUUACACAUGUCCUUUGUCAUAGAUGACAAAUACGCCGUGCACAGCUUUUCAGAACUCGAAUACUUGGAGCAUUUCAAAGAGGACGGGUCAUCGCCUUAUUCUUCGUCUAUUCGAAGAGGCACACACGUAUGGCGUGACGGCGUUGAUGUGCAUCGUGACGGCGAUGGGUGUGCUUCAGAAGAUGCCGCCAUUCGACAUUGCACCGCUUUGCCGACCUCUCGCCUUGCUACCAUGACCCCUACCCAAGUGAUGGCCGAAGUCUGUGAAUAUGCUGGUCAACCGUUCGUCACUCUUUCUAAACUGAAGCUCACUGAUGGAUGGCCUAUGAAGGAAGAGGCAGUUCGAGGAGGCACAUACGUAUGGCGUGACGGCGUUGAUGUGCAUCGUGACGGCGAUGGGUGUGCUUCAGAAGAUGCCGCCAUUCGACAUUGCACCGCUUUGCCGACCUCUCGCCUUGCUACCAUGACCCCUACCCAAGUGAUGGCCGAAGUCUGUGAAUAUGCUGGUCAACCGUUCGUCACUCUUUCUAAACUGUAA